AUGCAUACCCAGGCUCGCAAAUGCUUCGUGGGCGUUGAUGUCGGUACAGGAAGCGCUCGCGCAGGUGUUUUUGAUGUGGAGGGCAGGCUGUUGGGGAUGGCAACCUCCGGGAUCUCUACCCGCCAGCCUGCUCCUGGUCAUUUCGAACAGAGCUCAGACGAAAUCUGGAGGGCGUGCUGCAUCUCCGUCCGAGAGGCCCUUUCCAAGGCCGGGAAACCCCAAGUUGAGGGAAUCGCUUUUGACGCGACCUGCUCGCUGGUGGUUGCAGGCACCAGACAUCCUCUGGCUGUUGGCGCUGAUCUGCCAGACACGCCGGACGACGCGCCUCAUGGUAUAACGAACUCUACGAAUCAAACAUAUGACAUCAUCUUGUGGUGCGACCAUCGGGCCGUACACGAGGCACAGACGAUAAAUGAUUCCGGACACCAGCUCUUGCAGUUUGUGGGUGGCCAGGUCUCACCGGAGAUGGAGAUGCCAAAGCUCGCAUGGCUGAAAAAGUUCAAGCCGAAGACAUAUGCUGGCGCUGCUCGCUUUUACGAUUUGCAUGACUAUCUGCUGCACAGAGCUGCCGACUUUAAGAGCACAAGGGGCAGCGCUGCAGGCAUCAGGAGCCUGUGCACUGUUGUGUGCAAGUGGAACUUCAACGCUGCAGCACGGAGCUGGGAUGCGGGUUUCUUCGAGUCAGCUCAGCUAGCAGACCUGCCGUACGAGAAGAUCGGCUCGCCUGCAGAUGUGCAGGAUGUGGGCAGUGCCGUGCCGGAAGGUUUGGGACCCAAGGCGGCACAAGAUUUGGGACUGCCUGAAGGCACCGUACUGGGUGUUGGUGCCAUUGAUGCCCACGCAGGUGGGAUCGGCUGUCUUGGGGUUUCAGCCGGCACAGUGCCGCUGGAAGGCCGUUUGGCAUUAAUCGCAGGAACGUCUGCUUGCCAUAUGGCAUCAAGCACAGUGGCGGUCAAUAUUCCCGGUAUCUGGGGUCCCUAUGAGUCCGCCAUGAUUCCAGGACUUUACCUCGCUGAGGCAGGGCAGACUGCGGCAGGGGCUGCGUUGGACUUCAUCAUCGAGUCGCAUGCUGCUUAUCCAGAACUGCAAGCUCAAGCCGAUGCGGCUUCAUGCAGCCCUUCGGAAGUUUUAAAUCACCUCGUGCGAAAACUGGCAGAGUCGCAUGGUCUUCAACACGCAUAUCUCACACGAGGUAUCUUUGUGGGACCCGACUUCAGCGGGAAUCGAUCACCCCUCGCCGAUCCCAACCUGAGGGGGAGUGUUAUUGGUCUCGGGCCGGCCGGAGACCCAAAGCAAGCUGCAUCUCUCGAUGCACUGGCAGUGCUUUAUCUUGCCACGAUACAAGCUCUUGCGUACUCGUCGCGCUCAAUUAUUGAAACAAUGAACAGCGCCCGAGCAGAAGCGGGAGUCGUCAGUAUUUCAUCAAUUCACAUUUGCGGCGGCUUGGCACAAAACGCCCUGUACUUGCAGGAGCAUGCCGACAUUCUCAACUUACCUUUGCAUUGUACUAAGUGCCCCAGCGCCGACGUGAUUCGAGGCAGCGCCAUGGUGGCAGCCACGGCUGCUGGGGAGUUUGCAAGCGUUCCUGAAGCCAUGUCGGCAAUGCAGCAGCAAGGCUUGACAACCAAACCGCAGGAAGACCCCCAGCUCCAGCGAUUUCACAAUGCCCGCUACCAGAUUUUCCUGCGAAUGCAGCGCCACUUGCAAGAGUAUCAAGCCCUCGAGGCUUCAGCUUUGGAGACUUGA